CACGCAUCGUGGCCUCUUCCAGUACAACCGACUGCCGCCUGGAGUCAAGCCGGCGCCUGGAGCCUUCCAGCAUGGUUGCCGGCAUUCCUGGAGUCAAAACGUAUCUGGACGACAUCCUCAUCGCUGGCCGCACCAGAGAGGAUCACGAUCGCAGUCUUCGCGCUGUUCUCGAGCGCGUGCGUGAGUAUGGCUUUCACUUACGCAUCGAAAAGUGCCGUUUCACCCUGCCACAGAUCAAGUUCCUCGGACACAUCGUGGACAAAGAUGGCAUUAGGCCCGAUCCAUCCAAGACGGAGGCCAUCGCCCAGAUGCAGCCGCCGAAGGAUGUCCAGCAGCUGAGGUCCUACCUCGGCGCAAUCAACUACUACGGACGGUUCGUGAAGCAGAUGAAGCAGCUCCGGGCUCCCCUGGACAACCUGCUCAAGAAGGACGCACCCUGGCGCUGGUCCGCAGAAUGCCAGAAAUCGUUCGAGCAGUUCAAGGCCAUCCUGCUUUCCGAUCUACUGCUCACCCACUAUGACCCGUCCAAGGAGAUCGUUGUCGCAGCAGAUGCAUCGAAGUACGGCCUCGGCGCCGUCAUCAUGCACCGAUUCCCGUCCGGUGAGGUGAAGGCCAUCGCACACGCCUCUCGCUCACUGACGCCGGCGGAGAUGAAUUACGGACAAGUGGAGAAGGAAGCCCUGGCCCUGGUUUUCGCUGUCACGCGAUUCCACAAGAUGCUGUACGGACGCCACUUCCUCCUGCAAACCGACCAUCAACCGCUGCUCAAGGUAUUCGGCUCGAAGAAAGGCAUUCCUGUCUACACGGCGAAUCGUCUUCAACGCUGGGCCUUGACGUUCCUGCUGUACGACUUCGACAUCCAGCACGUUUCGACGACGGCUUUCGGCUACGCUGAUUUCCUCUCCCGGCUGAUGUCAUCCCAAAGCCGGCCAGACGAGGAUUACGUGAUUGCCGCCGUCUACGUCGAAUCCGAAGCCAGAGCCAUCCUCGACGACUCAAUCAGCAACCUUCCAGUCACUCACAAGAUGAUCGUGGCUGAGACGCGAAAGGAUCCAGUUCUCCAGCAAGUGGUGAGUUUCCUCAACGAAGGUUGGCCAGCGAGCGCCAAGCUGAUUGCUGACCCUGACGUCAGAAAGUUCUUCGCUCGGCGCGAUGGACUCCAAGUCGUCGACGACUGUGUGAUUUUCGGCGAUCGGAUCGUCGUGCCCCUCAAGUUCCGCAAACGGAUCAUUCGCCAACUGCAUCGUGGACACCCAGGGAUGGACCGCAUGAAGUCUCUGGCCCGCAGCUACGUUUACUGGCCGAACGUAGACGACGAUGUGGUGCAGUUUGUUCGCCAGUGCAAACCGUGCGCUGCUGCAGCGAAAUCCCCGACGAAGGCGACCCUCGAGUCGUGGCCUCUCCCGGACAGGCCGUGGCAACGUGUCCACAUCGACUACGCUGGACCAGUCGAUGGUUACUACUACUUCGUCAUCGUGGAUGCCUACUCCAAGUGGCCCGAGAUCUUCCGCACUCGUGCCAUAACCGCAACUGCAACCCUGGACAUGCUUCGUGAGACCUGUUCCCGUUACGGCAACCCGGACGUCCUGGUCUCAGACAACGGAACGCAGUUCACCAGCGGGCAGUUCGAGGAGUUUUGCCGUGCGAAUGGUGUUACCCAUCUCCGCACUGCGCCCUACCACCCGCAGUCAAACGGCCAAGCGGAGCGAUUCGUUGACUCACUCAAACGUGGCCUCAAGAAGUUGAGUGAGGGGGAAGGCUCGCCCACACUGGAGCACCUGCAAACGUUCUUGUCGGUGUACCGUUCCACGCCCAACCGGAACACACCAAACAUGACGUCUCCAGCUGAAGCAUUCCUUGGACGACCGGUGCGCACCACACUGGACCUGCUGAAGAAGCCUGUUCCUGCCACACCGGUCGCCGUCAACCACAAGCAAAACGAGCAGUUCAACCGUCGGCAUGGAGCCGUCAAACGCGAGUUCAAGGACGAUGACCUGGUCUACGCCGAGUACCACCAGCGCAACACCAAGUCCUGGAUUCCCGGCCGUGUCGUCGAACGGAAAGGUUCCGUUAACUACAUCGUGCAGCUGGACCUGGAAGGAAGACAGAGGAUCGUGAGUUCGCACGUCAACCAAUUACGCCCUCGCUACGAUGCUGAAGUUCCUGACCAAGUCCAACAACGUCUACCGUGGGAGAUCCUGAUCGAAGAAGCUCGACCGAUGCUGUUAGACGACCAGGAAGAACCUGAAGCUCCCAUCGAGAUCGACAUCCCUGUUCCGGACAGUCCCGCACCUCCAGCCCUGCCUGGAACUGAAGAUCCAUUGGAAGGUGGAUCUGGCACAAACCCAUUUGUGCUGCCUGAAGAAGAUGCCGUACCCGCCGACAAGCCCGUAACGCCGCCGAAGCCGCCGACACCGAUACUUCCUGUUGGUCCACGACGUCCCGUUCGACCGUCCAGGAUUCCACAGUGGCUGAAUUUGUACGACAUCUCUUAAGGGGGAGAUGUAGCAGGCCUUGACCUGCACAGCUGAUGCAAGUCAGUUCAAUCCCGACUAGCAAACCAGUCGGAUGCAAAUAAACAGUUUUUCCGCUACAACU